UGUGACAUCAUCACGGAUGUAGUAAAACACCGAUGAUUUUAUUUACUUAAAAAGGCCUACAGCUACCUUUUUUUUUUUGUCAGGGUCGCCAUUGAAAGAAUUCCUACUUUGUUUCGUUGGAAUUUUUUUCUAUUUUCUUUUUUUUUAUUUUUUUUUUAAUAUUUGUAGGAAAAAAAUUUUCUCUGUUGUUUCUGUGCGACUGGAUUCUCUCUAUUUUUAUUCUUAUUUGUCCUGCUCUUUCUGGACGCAAAAAAGUUGCUACUCUAUUCUGUAGCUUUAAUUUUUUUUUUUUUAAUCUUUUUUCUUUUUCUUAUUUUUCUCAUUUUUUAACUUCCUCUCUCUUGUCUGUCUAUCUUGGACACACACACUCUUUUCUUUUUUUUUCUUUUUUUAAUUGUGAAAAGCCAAAAAAAUUUGAAUACGAAUACGAUUGCAAUUGCUAUUACGAAUUUGGAAUUCUCUUUUCAUAUUCUUUUUCGUUUUCAUUCCAUUCGUUGAUUUAAUAGUGGAUAUCUCGGACAUCGGAUUCUAGUUUUAUAUUUGGUUACAUUUUGUUUUCUUUUUAUUCUCUUUUUUUUUUGCGUUCAAGACUUUCUCAUCAUUAUGUCUUCUUCUACUCACCAUUAUCCUGCUCCUUCCGCUUCUUCCUACGCAUCCGCUAAUUCUGUGGAAGACAAUUCUGCCCCUUCUCUGGAUUUUUUCCCUAAAAAUACUCAAAAUCAACUUUUAGAUACCUCUUCCAUAUCCUCCUCUACUACCUUUGCGGCUAGGAAUCAAAAUCAAACUAAAUCUCAUACCGAUAAUGAAUAUGAAAAUGAAAAUCAUUUUCAAAAUCAGCCUCAUCCUCAAAUGACCCAUGAAACUCAUUACGACUCUGCCGUUUAUGCCCCUCCUGCCAAUGCACCUACGUCUUCCUCUUCCGUCUCAUCUGUCGACCAUCUUACCGGUGACCCUUUUGCUUUGGGCGAAGACUUUGAUCUCAAACGUUACCUUCGUGGUUACAAAGAUGCCCUGGAACGUGAUGGCAUCCGUUCCCGUACCACCGGUGUUUGCAUGCGUGAUACCUCCAUCUACGGUCUCGGUUCUGGUUACGAGUUUCUUACUACCUUCAUUGACAUUUUUGCCGCUCCUUACCGUCAUUUCAAGGAACGUCAAGUUGUCAAGAAAGCCAUUCUUUCCCACAGCCAUGCUCUCGCAAAUGCUGGUGAGCUUGUCAUGGUCUUGGGUCAGCCUGGUGCUGGUUGCUCAACUUAUUUACGUUCCGUCGCUGGCGAAACUGAUCAUUACAACGAUGUCGAAACCCAACUUCAUUACGAUGGCAUCUCUUCCGAUGAGAUGAAAAAACAUUACCCAGGUGAUGUUCUUUAUUCCGGUGAAAAUGAUGUUCAUUUCCCUUCUCUGACUACCCGUGAAACUAUCAAUUUCGCCGCCCGUGUUCGUACUCCUCAUAACCGUCCAUGCAACAUCUCCCGUAAAGACUACAUGAACAAAAUUCGUGAUCUUAUUGCUACCAGUUUUGGUCUUACUCACACUUAUAAGACAAAGGUUGGUAACGACUUUAUUCGUGGUGUCUCUGGUGGUGAACGCAAGCGUGUUACUAUUAGUGAAGCUUUUGCUCUUCGUCCCACCAUUGCUUGCUGGGACAAUAGUACCCGUGGUUUGGAUGCUAGUACCGCUUUUGAAUUCGUAAAUAACCUACGUAUUUGCUCAGACGAGCUGAAGGUAACCUCUUUUGUUACCGCUUACCAGGCUAGUCAAAAGAUUUAUAACCUUUUCGAUCGAGUUUGUGUCCUGUAUGCUGGUCGUCAAAUCUAUUAUGGUCCAGCUUCCAAAGCUAAAGACUAUUUCCUUAAUAUGGGUUUUGUUUGUCACCCUCGUGAAACUACUCCCGAUUUCUUGACAGCCAUCACUGAUCCCAAUGCCCGUCAACCCAGGGAGGGUUGGGAAAACCGUGUUCCUCGUACUCCCGAGGACUUUGAACGUCUAUGGCAUGAGCACCCUUUGUAUGCUCAACUCCUUCGUGAGAUGGAUGAAUACGAUCAAAGAUGGGAUGAAAACUCCUCUCCCAACUCUAUCCGUUCAUCAAAGGAUCUCAACGACGGUGAAUCUGCUGUCACCAAACAUGAAAACUAUCGCGAUAGUGCCCGCUCUGAAAAAGCAAAAGGCAUGUCGAAGGAUACUCCUUACACUGUCACUUUUGCGAUGCAAUUACGCUAUUGUUUAAUUCGUUCAUGGCAACGUUACAUUAAUGAUCCGGCUUACAUAUUAGCCAUGGCUUUUGCUUUUAUGUUCCAGUCGUUCAUUAUUGGUUCCAUCUUUUACAAUCUCCGUGAUUCUACAAAUGAUAUGUUUACUCGUGGUGGUACACUAUUCUUUGCCAUCUUGUUUACUGCCCUUCAAAGUCUUUCCGAAAUUGCAAACAUGUUUGCUCAACGUCCUAUCAUUGCCAAACAUCGCGCAUCUGCUCUCUAUCAUCCAGCUGCCGACGUUAUCAGUAGUCUUAUUGUUGAUAUCCCUUUCCGGUCUAUCAACGUAACUGUCUUUGCUAUUAUUCUUUACUUCUUGACCGAUUUGAGGCGUACCGCUGGUGGCUUUUGGACCUUUUACGCCUUUUUAUUUAUUUCUGCUACCACAAUGACUACAUUCUUUAGAGCUCUUGCCGCAAUCAUGCCAAAUGUAGCUUCUGCUUCUGCUUUGGGUGGUAUGGGUGUCUUGGCUAUUGCCAUUUAUACAGGUUAUGCUAUUCCCAAUAUUGAUGUUGGUUGGUGGUUACGCUGGAUUUCAUAUCUUGAUCCUGUACAAUUCGGUUUUGCGUCUCUUAUGAUCAAUGAAUUUAAGGCCCAGAAAUACCGAUGCACUCAAAUGAUUCCUUCUGGCGGUGAAUACGAUAAUAUUUCCUCUGAAUACAAAGUAUGCCCAAUCACAAGUGCUCAACCAGGUCAAACUUAUGUUGACGGCUCAACCUAUCUGUACACCAGCUUUAAUUACAAAACUCGCCAAAUUUGGAGAAACUUUGCAAUUAUUAUUGGUUAUUACGCUUUCUUGAUUUUUGUGAACAUCGUUGCCAGUGAGGUUUUGAACUUUAAUGAUCUUAAGGGUGAAUAUCUCAUUUUCCGUCGUGGUCACGCUCCUGACAGUGUUAAGGAGGCAGUCAAUGAAGGCGGAAAACCUUUGGAUUUAGAAACUGGACAAAAUACUCAAGGCGGUACUGUUGAAAAAUCCCGUCCAAAUCCUGAAGAAACUGAUAAGGAGUACGAGACUAUAGAAAAAAGUAAGGACAUUUUCAGUUGGAGAAACCUUUGUUAUGAUAUUACUGUUAAAGGAGAAAAGCGUCGACUAUUGAGCGAGGUUAAUGGAUUUGUGAGACCAGGAAAACUUACCGCUCUGAUGGGUGAAUCAGGUGCUGGUAAGACCACACUUCUCAAUGUGCUUGCUCAACGUGUUGAUACAGGUGUUGUCACCGGUAAUAUGCUCGUCAACGGUCACCCUCUUGACUCCACAUUCCAGCGUCGUACGGGAUAUGUCCAACAACAGGAUGUUCAUGUCGCUGAGUCUACCGUUCGAGAAGCGCUGCAAUUCAGUGCUGCACUUCGCCAACCGGCCUCUGUUCCUCUCUCUGAAAAGUUUGAAUAUGUUGAAAGUGUUAUUAAAUUAUUGGAAAUGGAAGCUUAUGCUGAAGCUAUCAUUGGUACCCCCGGAUCUGGUUUGAACGUUGAGCAACGUAAGCGUGCAACUAUCGGUGUAGAGUUGGCUGCUAAACCAGCUCUUCUUUUGUUUUUGGAUGAACCCACCUCAGGUUUGGAUAGUCAGUCGGCAUGGUCGAUUGUUCAAUUUUUGCGUAAAUUGACCGACGCUGGCCAAGCAAUUCUUUGUACAAUUCAUCAACCUAGUGCUGUAUUGUUUGACCAAUUCGAUAGAUUGUUGCUACUCCAAAAAGGUGGUAAAACGGUAUAUUUUGGUGAUAUUGGUGAUAAUUCCAAGACGUUGUUAAAUUACUUCUCAUCCCAUGGAGCUAGUCCUUGUCCUCCUGACGGAAAUCCAGCCGAAUACAUUCUUGAUGUAAUCGGUGCUGGUGCUACUGCGAAGACUGAUCGUGAUUGGCAUGAAGUUUGGCAAAAUUCGGACGAACGUAAACAAACUACUCAAGAACUGGAUGAAAUUGAAAAUACGAAAUCUGAUAAUCAAAACAAGCCUAGCAAAGAAGAUACUCAUACUUACGCUAUGCCAAUUUGGACACAGAUCAGAUUUGUGUUGCUUAGAAACUUCCAAUCCUAUUGGAGAGAACCCUCAUUAUUGAUGUCUAAGAUGAUGUUGAAUAUUUUUGCCGGUUUGUUUAUUGGUUUCACUUUCUACAAUCAAGGUUUAGGUGCUCAAAAUAUGCAAAAUAAGCUUUUCGCAAUUUUCAUGGCAACAGUCCUUGCUGUUCCUCUGAUUAACGGUUUACAACCCAAGUUCAUUGAUCUUAGAAAUGUAUUUGAGGUGAGAGAGAAGCCAUCCAACAUUUACAGUUGGGUUGCAUUUGUUAUUUCGGCAAUUCUAGUCGAAAUUCCAUUCAACCUUAUUUUCGGUACAAUUUUCUUCUUGUGUUGGUUUUAUCCUGUUAAGUUUUAUAAGCAUUUGGAACAUCCAAGUGACAGAACAGGUUAUGCUUGGUUAAUGUACAUGAUCUUCCAAAUGUACUAUUCGACAUUCGGUCAAGCCGUUGCCAGUGCUUGCCCCAACGCUCAGACUGCAUCCGUAGUGAACAGUUUGGCUUUUACUUUCAUUAUUACUUUCAAUGGUGUCAUGCAGCCUAUCAACAAUUUAAUUAAAUUCUGGCACUGGAUGCACUCCUUGACACCUUUCACUUACAUUAUUGAAGGGUUGUUAGGUGAUUUGUUACACAAUGUCCCGGUGGAAUGUAAACCAAAUGAAGUCAACCGCUUGAACCCUCCUAAUGGCCAAACUUGUCAAUCUUACUUAAAGAAUUUCUUGAAAAGUGAGAUGGCCGGUAAUUUGUUAAAUCCUGAUGCCACAAGCGAUUGUCAAUAUUGCCGUUACCGAUCUGGUGACCAGUUCUUAUUGCAAUUCGGUAUGAAGUUUGACCAUCGUUGGCGUAACUUUGGUAUCGUUAUUGGUUAUGUCUUCUUCAAUGUCUUUGCUGUGUUGUUACUAUUUUACAUUUUCCGAGUUAUGCAAAUCAAAAAUACUCGACUUUACAGAAAGAUUACGAGAAGUUAAAUCUUUUUUUUUAAAAAAAAAAAACAGAAAGAGUUUCAAGUUUACAUACAUAUGAUGUGUGCAUAAUACUGGGAUGUGAAUUAGGUUAGAUAUGGUUAGAUACAUAUGCAUAAUUCUUGGUAAUGCGCUUCAAGGUAUUAAUAACGACUUUAAUUUAUACUUGAUAUAUUGGCUUUUUUUUUGAAACAAAGCGAUGUCGAUCAUAAUUAUUAAUGUAAAGAAAGUAGUGUUUAUUGAUCUUGUUUUUAC